CUCUGGACGCCACGGUUGUGCCCACGUUGCUACGAUGGGACUCAGCAACAUGGACAGCCAACUCACUGCAAAGUUGCAAGAGCUCCUGGCCAACAAUUCAGAGCUCAGCUACAGACAGGUGCAUGAGAAGCUUCAAAGCGAAGAGGCUUUCAAGGAGGUGGGUUUCAAGAAAGUUCAGAAGUUGAUGCGAGACUUGAAGGGGGAUGGUCACGAAGGCUACAGCAACGACAACGAAAAGUUCGAUAAGGUCGAAGUGCCUUCGCCGUUACCACAAGGGCCACAGGAGGUGGAGAUUUGCAUUAGCAGACCUGACAUUUCCCAAAAGUUUGGCAUGAUGAUUGACAUUGAGCCAAAUUUCGGUGGAGGCCAUCGCAUUAGCGAAAUCAGAGAAGGAGGGCUUGUGGAGGCGUGGAAUAGAGAGCACCCAGACAAUGCCAUUCAAGUCAACGACAUCCUGAUCUCAGUGAAUGGGAAGAUCACGUUCGAUGAGAUGAUGGAGCAGUUCAAAAGUGAGCUGAGCUGCCAGUUGCGACGGAAGGCAAUGGAAGGUCUCAAGGUGGAUGAUUCCGAGGCAAAGAAGGAAGCGUCUGAGUGGGAACGGCGCAGGGCACGCGUCACCGCAGCCUUGGUGCCCGGAUUGAAGAAGAUCAUCGAUAGUGAGUUUGGUGCUGGCGCAGGGGACCGCCUUGGCCGCAUCGAGAAGAUGUAUCACCGGGUAGGAAGCAACGACAUCUUCAAGGAGGAACUUCCCAGCGGCAGCCGUUUGGCGCCAGGGUAUGUGGAGAACCUCACACCGGUGGCCCCGUUUCAUGAUGUCAAGGAUCAUCCAUGGUGCGCGGAGCUGCAGAAGCAUUGGAAAGGAAUCCGACAGGAACUGAAGCGAAACUUAGAUGAGUCACUUUGGACCGCAGGCGCAUACCAGAAAUCCAAUGAAGCCUAUGGCAAGGACUGGAAGAUCAUGGGCGUGCUAACGGAAGACUCGUGGCAAGAUGAAAAGCGCUUCAAGGUGACCACAGGAGCGCUGAAGGAACUCAAGGGCCUGGUGCCUCAGUUCUUGGGCUCGGCUUCGCUGCUAGUUGUCGAUAG